AUGAAAAGCAUCUACUCCCUGGUUGGUAUCCUUCUGGCCCUCGGCUUCGUCCAGAGCAGCUGGCAGCUUCCCCUGCAGGAGGAUGACAGCUCAAGUUUUGACACAUUAGUGGAUGAGCCGCGGGAGCUGUCCAACAUGAAGAGACACUCAGAGGGAACUUUCUCAAACGACUACAGCAAAUACCUGGAGGACAGGAGGGCGCAGGACUUCGUUCAGUGGCUGAUGAACAACAAGAGGAGCGGCUCAAAUGUUGAAGAGAAGCGCCACGCAGAUGGGACCUUCACCAGCGACGUGAGCUCGUACCUCAAGGAACAGGCAAUCAAAGACUUUGUUGACCGGCUCAAGCAGGGACAAGUCAGAAGACAAUCUGAAACGGACAGGCGGGGUGAGGCGUUCAGCAAGAGGCAUGUAGAUGGGAGCUUCACCAGUGAUGUCAGCAAGGUUCUGGACUCCAUGGCUGCCAAGGAGUAUUUACUCUGGGUCAUGACCUCCAAGCCCUCAGGGGAGAGUAAGAAAAGACGAGAGGACCACUGA